UUUAUAGCGUAUAUUUGGAAAUUCAGCUUCUACAUUAUUAGAAACUUUGUACAAUGUGACCAUAGUAACUCAAGAAGUAAUUCAAUGCUGGCCCGAAAGGGAAAGUGUCAAAACAAAAAGACUGCACGGAUGUCAGCUGAUCAGCUCAGUUAGCAAACAACGUGCUAACACUGCCUAGCUAACAGCUAACUACAUUAGCAUAAGGUUACAGCAAAAAGCGGACGUGCGGAAGAGACGGACAGCAAUGUCGAGCAGCGUGCUGUGUGGCCGAGGCAGGCUGGUUUUCUCCCAGACCGCUGGCCUUCAGGCCCUCGCUGCUCUCAGGACCAGCCGAACCAGAAACUUCUCUACCGCAAGCUCAGAUGAGCCUUAUAUAGCUGUAUCACCCGCAGACUCAGGCCCCAGGACCGUGUGGCCUGACGAGAACAUGGGACCGUUCGGACCUCAGGACCAGCGCUUCCAGUUACCAGGUAACGUGGGCUUCGACUGCCACCUGGAGGGCACGGCGAACCAAAAGAGAAAUGCCCCCAUCCACACGACGGUGCCUGAUGUGCUGAGCGCCCCGAGCAGCGCCGAGAGACACGAGUUCAUACUGGCUCAGUUUGUCAGUGAGUUCCAGGGUAAAGAGGGCAGCGUGUCCCUGAGAGUCCGCAAAGCCGAGCAGUACUUUUAUCAAGCAGACACACACUGCUCCAUAAACUCGUGCCCCGAGCUGCUAAGGAAAGAUCUGGAGCUGUUCUUCCCCGCGGCGCCGGCCAGCGCCAUCACAGUUGUGACGGUGACACAGAAGAGCAGUCGGUGCGAGGAGGCUGAGCAGAGCACAGAGCAGCUGCUUCACAGAUUUGUGAGCGGCGCCAAGGAGAUGUGCUUCGCUCUGUGGACUGCAGGCUACUGGGCGGACUUCAUCAACCCUGCAACAGGAGCAGCUUUCUUUGGAUCCCCGCCGAGCCACGCCACACUAAGAGCAGACGAGGAGCUGAGACAUUUGGGCUUUCACAUCGAGGUGUCGGGCUCUUGCACAGUUAUCCGCCACAUCCUGAGAGGCACGCCUUUGUUUGUCGGGACUGUUUUCACCAACGCACCUACCUACAGUCCUGCCAUCGCAAGACUACAAGGACUAUCGAGUGCGCUCAACGAUGAGGAAUAGGCUUUUUUUUUUUUUUAUGUUACGCAGAACGGAACCCACAUGUUUAUGAAGAAGCUUGGAAAUGAAACGUAGAGUUGACACAUGGUGUGUAUCAGUGGAGGGGUUGCCAGUGGUUUGUCUUACUGUAACACACGUGCAGUGUCCAGAGAAAUGUGAGGACCGCCACGUCACAAGGACUGCAGUAACAGUCCACCGCAGGCCUGGGUCGUUUUUUUUUUUUUUUUGUUUUUGUUUUUUUUUCUUUUUUUAAUAUUCAGAAUGGAUUUAUUUAUCUUGCCUGGCAGAGUGCAGUUGGAAAUUGCAAACCCAGAUUAUCCAGGUUACUUUUUAUGGGAUGUAACCAUGUGUGUUUUUAAAAUUUGAGCAAUAAACAUCAGGUAGCAUUUUCCCACCAAAAUGGGUAAUAAAACUGGGUAAUAAACAUCUUCCAGGGUACCCAGGUCUGCUCUUGUGGUAGCUAAUGUGAAAAAGACCUUUAUUUGAGCUACCUUUGAUUUUUAGAUGACCAUCUGGUCAACACUUUCGUACUAAUAUAUAUACAUUAUUUUUUUUCUGUCUAUUGAGUUAUACAUUGUCUGUAUCAGUAUGGACGCUGUUUCACUUGAAGCACUACAGUUGUACCAUUCAGAGCCUCUGAAUAAAGUGACCUGUAAGGCUGCACCGAGA